AUGGAGAUGAAGAUGGACAUGAAGAAGAUGGCCUCUGGGAUCCCCUGGCUGGAUCAGCCAGUGAUGCUUCACUCCUCUCGCGCCGACAAGUGCAAGUUGUCUGCGGCGCAAUGUGCUUAUCGAAACAGUCGCUGGCGCUAUUGGUACCAAGCCGACCAUGUCUAUGCCCUAAAUACAGUAUAUCUCAUGUGUGCUGUCAUCGCCGUGUUCGCCAUAUCAAAUCUUCUCGUGCGAUAUGCCCCCGAAUGGGUCAAGCGCACUCGAGUCUGGCGUGCGACAACAUCGGCCUCUCGAUAUAUGGCCUACCGUGGAUAUCGAUUUCCCGUCUUGCGAUACUGGUCACCAUCCCUGGGAGUUAUCCUCCUUGGCCUGACCGGUGCUGUUUUCUUCCUUGCCAUGACACUCGGUCCGAAACCUUAUUAUUGGCCGACAGAUGCAAAUUAUGGGAGCAGUCCUCCGAUCGCGACUAGGGCGGGUUGGAUGGCUCUGGCACUACUGCCAUUUGUGCUUGUGCUGAGUGCGAAAGCCAAUAUGGUUUCUGCUCUAACGGGGAUUCCUCCUGAGAAGUUGCAGGUUUUCCAUCACUGGACCAGUUAUGCCAUGUUCGUUUUGGCAUUGGUUCAUACGUUCCCAUAUAUUAUUUUUCAUAUUCGGAAAGGUGAUAUGGUCAAGCAGUGGAAAACAAGUGUUGUUUACUGGACCGGUAUCCCAGCCCUUCUUUCGCAGACUUACUUGACUGUUAUGUCUUUACCUCCCAUUCGGAACCGUUUCUAUGAAUUCUUCAAGGCAACUCAUAUGUUUGUCGCUCUAAUUUUCGUCGUCUUCUUCUUCCUUCAUUGCGACUUUCGUUUGACAUCAUGGGACUAUUUUAUUGCCUCCGGUGUGCUGUAUUUGGUUUCUCUUAUCACAUCUCAUGUCAGAACUUAUCUUAUGCACGGCAUUCACACAGCCACCCUCGAACUCCUUCCAAGCGGUCUCGUCCGUGUCGCCGUCCCUACAGUCGUUAAAUGGACACCGGGCCAACAUGUCUUCGUCCGGUUCAUCACAUCUGACCUCCAUCUCCUCACAUCCCACCCAUUCACAAUUUCUUCGGUCUACAGAGAUCCUAACACAACUGGCAGAGCCUCGGAGCUCAUAUUCUACAUCAAACCCCGCCAAGGUGUUACAGCCCGUCUAGCCGCCCUAGCUCGCCAACGCCCCGGCUGCAAAAAGAAGAUCCUCAUCGAAGGUCCCUACGGAGGCGUCAGUGCCCACCACCUCGCCCGUUUCGACACCAUUUUAGUCAUUGCCGGUGGUUCGGGCGGCGGGUUCUCGCUCGCAAUGGUAGACGAAGCUCUUCGUCUAACGGGACUCCCAGCACAUGGCAAAUCCGGACCACAAGGCCGGCGAAACUUGCAAGUCGUAUUCUCAACUCGAGAUCCCGCCAUGGCCGAAUGGUAUGUUGAAGAGGUGGAAUCGCGCCUUACUCAUUCCACGGAGCUUUUAUCAGACGCAGAACACGGUUAUGAGACAUCUGUUUCUGUGCAUAUUACUUCCCGACCAAUUACAUCCCAAUCAAUGGCGACCGUUGAUUCAGGCCGCGGAUCCAUGACAGAGGAAAGGAAGAAGAUUCCGGUUGAAAGUACGACGACAGGGAUGUUCAGCUUGAAUGUGCACCGUGAUGCACGGCCCGAUGUCCCGGGUCUUAUUGCCCGGACUGUCGGGGUUGCUCAGACACAGACUGCCCCCGGUGGCCAACGUAAGCGUAUCGGUGUUUUAGUCUGUGGCCCGGCCAGUAUGUUGCAUGAUACGCGGAACGCGGCGGCCAUGGCCCAGGCGAGGGCAAUGGAGGGAGAUGUCGAGGAGCUUUACCUACACUCGGAGCCUUUUGCGUGA